CAGUGGACGGGCGGUGGUUGAAGAUUCUUCCUGAGAUUUCUACACUUUGUGUUAUUCGUUCAAAAUAUCACUCGGAUGAAGAUCCUGUCUUCUAAUCUUUGUAAUUCGGAAGCUGCAAAGUGCGAAAACAUCUAGAUAUUUUACAGAAUGAUUGUUUGUUUGUGAAAUGGUGGCAAGGUGCUAUGAGGUUACAUUGCAUUUGUACCAUAGGAUGGAACCAGGAAGGAUGUGUCCCGUUGCAUCGCUGUGUCUACUUCAGUUUUAACGUCGUACAUAUAUGAUAACAGCUGUUUGGGAGUCUCGUUAUCAUUCUCGCGCAUGAAGUUGUUGCGGUCGGUACUGAUGUUAUGAUUUGAGGCUGACUGGGUGAGUGGAUCAUGUGGUUUCAGUGAAUCGGUUAGCCACAAUUAAAGUGAGCAUGUAGCAAGACGAUUUACAUGGAAAUGGACGUGGUGCGAGUGUCUGGUGAGGACUCUGUAUCAGGUUGUGAAAGUAGAGGCAAGUCUGAUCGCAUGUUUCCAGGGACAAGCUCUUGCACUUGUACCUAUGACUUUGCUAUCCUGCAUGGAGAAAAAGACAAAGGCUUAGCUGAGAGGUUCUUUGCAGUUUUAGAAGGAACAUACAAGCUAAAAGGGUAUCUCAGCAAGCGAGACUGUGUGGUGGGUGUUAUCAAACAACGGCAACUUGUGAGAGCAUGGCAGGCUUCUAGCUUUAUCAUUGAACUCAUCUCGCCGUCUUCAUUCAAGAAUAAGGUCUUUCAGAAGUACAGGAGCAUUGCACAUGAGGUGGAGAGUAAGCGGACCAAACCAAAUCAUCCAGAGGUGCUUCCGAUCUAUGUGGAUAUUCCUUUGAAGGAGCAACGUGGCGUGAGUACCAGGGUCGGUCGAUCUUACUCGGACACCGACCUCUUCUGGGACGAGUUAGCAGCUCACAUUCUGAACAACCACUCUUGUGUUGAAGUUACCAAAGAAGCUUCUGUUGAAUCCAGGGUAGACUCCAAUCAAAAUGACCCAUCCUCCAAUGCUCAUCUUGACUUGACAAAUAAUAACAAUGAUCCAGCUGAGAAGCCUCUUCCUGUCAAAUGCAGGAAAAAGCACAAGAUAUUCAGAGGAUUAUUCAAGAACAACAAAAAGAAAAAGUUCAAGAGAAAGUUAAAGACCUCAAGUGACUAUAAAAAGAAGGCCAAGGGUGGUAAAUGCAAAUCAAGAAAGAACUUGAAAUCUCUUCGUAAGUUACUUGUAUGCGUGCCUGCUGGCUCAAAGGAGUGUUCAUGCUCGAGUCCACCAACAAGUAUCCAGCCUGUUUCGACAUUUCACUCGCCCAAUACUGCCAAGGUGGAGGAAGUUGAACUAAAUUUUGCAGAAACUGCUUCUAGAAUGGACACAACCUCAGAGCACGAGAGAUAGCUCCAUCCAUUACACUGCUUAAUUAAAGGCAAUGUCAUCAGAAGAUUUGUAGCCAAGUUUUAUUCACCAAUGAAUGAGCUGAUCAG